AUGCGAAUUGGAGCUGUCAGUCGGAGAGCGAUCCAGACGAACCCGGAUGUGAAGCCCGGCAGCUCGGUAUGGAACUUGCUGGGACACGACUUUUGGGGCACCCCGUUGACGCACUCGGGCUCGCACAAGUCCUACAGACCCGUGACAGUGCUGACGUUCCGACUCAACUACUGGCUGGGUGCUGCGUGGGAGACGAGCAGCAGGAUCACAGAGCCCAGCAGCACCAGCACCAGCACCAACAGCAUCCACCGAGAGCCGACAGCAGGCAGUUUCCACCUGGUGAACGUGUUGCUGCACGCAUGUGCCACGUGGCUGUACUCGAGUCUGUGCUGUCGACUGCUGCGACGCGCUGCUGUCGGCGCGGGUCGAGCCGCCUCCGUGGCGUCCCUCGCGUUUGCGGUGCAUCCGGUGCACACGGAAGCCGUGGCGGGGAUCGUGGGCCGUGCUGACGUUUGCGCUUGCAUCUUUUUCCUCAUGUCGCUGCUGGCGUAUGUGGAGUACGCGAGGGCGAGGCGACGAGCAGCAGUGGACCCGACGGCGUGUGGCGGUGCUGGCGCUGACGACAGUGCUGUGCCUGGCGCUGCGCAUUUACGUGAUGGGCGCCAAGGCGCCCGAGACGCGGCGGCCUGGUGGCGCUCCCUGGCGUGUGUGCCGGUGCCGAGGACGCCGGUGGCCCGGGAGUCGCCCACCAGCAAGCUGGCCGAGGUGGCGGCCUGGGCAAACGGCGGCACCACCGCCACCAACGCUUCUACCACCAUGCUGGCGCUGCGAUCGUCCACCGCUCGGCUGCGGUCGGGGGAAGCUUCAUCGACGCAUCAGCAGCAGCAACACCAGCACCAGCACCACAGCAGCCGCCAUCGACACCGUCGACCCCGCGACAAGUUGCACGACGUGUCGCUGGACGACUCCGAGGCGACCACGCUGGCCCUGUGUCUGCUGUCGGUGCCCUUCUUGCCGGCCACGAACCUCUUCUUCUACGUGGGCUUCGUCGUGGCCGAGCGAGUGCUGUACAUCCCGUCCAUGGGCUACUGCUUGCUCCUCGGCCUGGCCGUGGACAAGGCGGCGCGUGUGGCGGCUCGCUGGGCGCCGGCCGCGCGGCGCCGCGCCGUGGCGGCCGGCUUCACACUCGCCUGCGCCCUCUUGCUCGUGAUAUUUUCCGCCCGCACUCUGCGCCGCAACGAGGACUGGUCAACUGAAGAAAAGCUUUAUCGCGCCGGGAUCCCGGUCAACCCUCCCAAAGCGUACGGGAACGUCGCGAAUAUUCUGAGCGCCAAGGGGAUGAAGGAAGAAGCGGAGCAGGCUUACAAAAUGGCCCUUUCGUACCGGUCCAACAUGGCAGAUGUUCAUUAUAACAUGGGGAUUCUGUUCCAAGAACAGAAACGAUAUGCUGAAGCUUUGCAAGCCUACAAUCGGGCGAUCCAGUUUCGUCCUCGGAUGGCAAUGGCUCAUUUGAACAUGGGUCUGGUGCUGGGCAUCCUGGGGAGGAAAGAGGAGGCGAUGGAGAUUUAUCGCAAGUGCGCCUUGUUGGACGUGACGGGCCUGAAAGACCCGCGAACUCACGAGGCGACGAAAACGUCGGCGCUUUUCAACUUGGGGCGACUUCUAGCCGACGAGGGGAGAGUCUCGGACGGGAUCGAAGCGUAUCUCGAAGCCGUCCAGAAGAUGCCGUCCCAUUACCAGCCCCAGAGUUUGUACAACAUGCUGGGAGAAGCCUAUUUUAAACUCGGUGACUGGGCGGAAGCAGAAAAAUGGUACCUCGCCGCCCUGAGGGCGAAACCAGACCACGUGCCCGCACACCUGACCUACGGCAAACUUCUCGCCAAAUCCAAUCGCGUGGAAGAGGCGGAGGAAAUGUUCAAGCGCGCCAAGGGCCUGGCGCCAGAAGAUUGCACGGUGUACCAGCAUUUCGGGCAAUUUUUGGCGGAGAGCGAGCGGCACGAAGAAGCGGCGGAGAAUUACAUUCGGGCGGCGUCCCUGGCGUCCCACGACUACGAGAUCGUGUUCAACGCCGCCAACACACUGCGCCAAGCUGGUCGCAACAAGGAGGCCGAGAAUUUCUAUCGAAAGGCGGUCAUCCUGAGACCCGAGGAGGCCACGAGUCACAUGAACCUCGGGGCCAUGUUGCACGUGAACGGGAAGCUGGUGGAGGCCGAAGCGAGUUACCUGGAAGCCCUGCGUCUGAAGCCCGACGAUCAAAUCACUCAGGCGAACCUGAACAAACUGCGCCAGUUGCUGCUCAAAGUCAGCACUAGGAUCAAUUCCUGACGCCUUUCAUCUUCGUUCGGCGGAAUGGAAACUUCUACUUCCGCCUGUAUUUUUGCCUCACGGUUUCCCCCCCCCCCCCUUUCAUCAUCCCCGACGACGAAAGAGACGGAGAGAGAGAGAAAGAGGGAAAGGCAUCAGUGCUGAAAGUCGGGUUCGUUUUUCAUGGCGACCAGGUCGAAGGUCAGCAGCAGCAGCACCAUAGCAGCAGGACAAUGAUGAUGAUGAUGAUGAUGAUGGGAAUAUUAUAAGCGACCAGUGACAAUCUCGGAAUACGACGAGGGGAAAAUCAAAUUAAAUCAAAAGCAAGCGAAACUGUGGGACUGAUAUUAUCCAUUUUUGCGUGAUCCGAAUUGUUGUGUGUUUUUUUUUGUUCUCCCUAACUCGGAAUUCUGCGUGUUCCCUGCCAUGAGCGGAAAAUGUUCAGCACUUUCAGACAACAAUUGGCUUCUAUUCUGAACUCGUUCCUCCCGUCUUUUCUUUAUUUCUCUCGUCUCAGCAGUGGACAAUGUCGAGGAAAUAAGGCCUGAUCAGAGACAAAGGAUUCCGGCGUGUUUUCCUUCGCGUGUCUUCUGCAUGUAUACCCGUGCUCAUGGCAGUAGGUGAUGCGGUUGAUGAUAGAUUUGUUGCUUUUGGCCAAAGAGGAAUUAAAUAAAACGAAAAGAAUAAUUAUUUGGACGAAAUA